AUGCCAAAUUUAAUAGAAAUACAUUUAGGUUGUAAUAAGAUUUGUGAAAUUUCUGAAAAUGCUUUUAGAGAUGUUAAACAAAGUGUACAAAAUAUUAUUUUGGAUAAUAAUUGUUUGACACAAAUGCCUAGCAGUGCUUUAGAGGAAAUGAAUUCACUAAUUGCUUUACAUAUUAAAUAUAAUCAUAUAGAAGAAUUGCGAGAAGAGGGACUUCGCAACUUGAGCAGUUUAAGCUUAUUAAGCCUAACAGGCAACCACAUUUCCCAUAUUUCUCCUAAUUUUAUUUCAAAUGUGCCCAAUCUUCGGUAUAUUUAUUUGAGUGAGAAUCAGAUAUCCAAACUAGAAUCAGACGCAAUGAAACAAUUUACUGCUUCAGAAAUAAUUGAUUUAAGUCAUAAUACAAUUGAGCAGAUUAAUGCAGAUACAUUUAAAGGAAUGGAAAAUUUACAGCAUCUAAAUCUCGAAGCAAACUCUAUCAGAGAAGUAAUGCCUGGUGCUUUUGCAACAACCCCUUUAUUACUCCUUUGGCUUCCCCACAAUUGUAUUUCUUCUGUUUCGCCAAAUAUGUUUCAAGGCGCCCCCUUUUUGAAACAAGUUUCUCUUGCAAAUAAUAAUAUUCGAAUUGUACAGCCAUUCAGUUUUGCGCAUUUGGCAAAUUUGCAUACCUUGGACCUUUCUCAUAAUAAAAUGCGCAGUAUUCAGCCUUCGGCUAUUAUGGGCUCUGAUUUUUUGACUGUUCGGGUUCAAGAAAAUCCACUUGUUUGUGCGCAAGAUGGCUUUCACGUUAUGAAUGGUCGCGAAGCUAUAAAUCUUACAACAGAGCCAAAUUUGAUAUGCAAAACAGAUUACGAGAAUGACGAUAUAGAUAAAUGCCCAAGAAGGCCAGAUCCUCCUCCAAGAAAAGUUUGCUGUGAUGCAGCUCCAAAACCAACUAUAUUAACCUCAACUUCAACAUUGCCAACAACAACCACAACAGAAUUGGUUACCUCAACCAGUUUAAAAAAUGAAAUUUCCAAUUUAACAACUCCAGUAUCUUCAACUUCCUCUCCCCUUACAGUAACCGAAUCAAAGAUAUCCACAAAAGAAGAAUUGUCCAGCCGAGCCAAACAAUUAAAUAUGGCACGUUUCUAUCGUUUAUCAAAACGUCCAGAUCUAAUCGCUUUAAACGGAAGUUUAUUUUCUCCUAGAAAAAGACCACACCUGGCAAAGUCAAAAACUGCAGAAUAUACAGAAAAUAAGCAAGAAAUAAACAAAUCAGAAGAAAAUUCUAAAAAUGAUUCUGAGGAACUAGCUAAAUUACCUCCUCAUGUUUUGGCUCUAAUUAAUGGCGAAAAUAUAUCUAAAGAAAGGCAAAAAUCUAAUGUUGAAAAUAGACAAGUAGAAGUGGAGAAAACAGAAAAUAAACAAAUAAAUAAAGUAGUGGAAGAACAAAAAUCAACAGAAUCAAUUGAAGAUAAUGAAAACACAAAAUCAACACCUUCCUCAACAUCUUUAUUACUUCCAAAACAAAUUGUUUCAACAACAGAAAUUCGAAAAGGAGCAUUUCCAAGUGCUCCUUUUGUAGAUAAUUUAAACGAAAAUAAAAUAUUAUCAAAACAUAAACACGAACAUUUGCAAUUACCCAAUGGAGGCGAAUUUAGCCGGGAUUUGAAAUCUGAACAUGUUCAAAUUGAAGAGAAGAAACCAAAUCAAGAUUUAGUGGCAAAACAAUAA